AGUAGGUUGGGGGUAGGAGAGGAAAAAAGUCCCACAAACACCCGGAGUGUCACAGCCGGGUUCAUCGGCGGCUUGUCACCGUCACCGAGACAGAGAGAGAGAGAGAGAGAGAGAGAGAGAGAGAGAGGCGGCAACACCACCGCCUUUUUUCUCCAGCAUCUUUAACGUCCAGCAGCUCAUCCUCAUCACGUCCUCCGGCGUCCAUAGCCGCCCUUCCUCCUCGCCGACAUGUCCCUGGCCAGCGACUUCGGGAACCCUUUAAGGAAAUUCAAACUCGUCUUUCUGGGCGAGCAGAGUGUUGGAAAGACCUCCCUGAUCACACGCUUCAUGUAUGACAGCUUUGACAACACGUACCAGGCAACCAUCGGAAUUGACUUCCUGUCGAAAACCAUGUAUCUGGAAGACCGAACGGUGAGGCUGCAGCUGUGGGACACAGCAGGACAAGAGCGCUUCAGGAGCCUCAUCCCCAGCUACAUACGAGACUCCACGGUGGCCGUGGUCGUCUACGACAUCACGAACGUCAACUCCUUCCAGCAGACGUCCAAGUGGAUCGAUGACGUGAGAACAGAGAGGGGAAGUGACGUCAUCAUCAUGUUAGUGGGCAAUAAGACGGACCUGGCAGAUAAGAGGCAAAUCGGCAUUGAGGAAGGCGAGCAGAGGGCCAAAGAGCUGAGCGUCAUGUUCAUAGAGACCAGCGCGAAGACAGGUUACAACGUCAAACAGUUGUUUCGCCGUGUGGCUGCCGCUCUCCCCGGGAUGGAAAGCAUGCAGGAGACGAGCAAAGAAGGGAUGAUCGACAUCAAGUUGGACAAACCGCAGGAGGCGCAGGCGACUGAGGCGGGAUGCUCGUGUUAAUCGCCACGGGCAGCAGUCGUCGCGACCCGUUUCCACCCCCAACCCCCAACGCUUCUUAUGUUGCUUCCUUUUGCUUUGAAGGCCUCGUCCUGGUCCUGACUGCUGGUCAGUGCUGACAAAGAGCAACAUGUCGAUGCUGAAGCUGCCAAAAAGAGUCCAAACACGAAGGUUACUGUAACGUCCACAAUACCCCCCCACACCUCCGCUUUGUUUUUGUAUUUUUUUGAUAUGCGCUCAUGUUGUUUUGAAGCGAUGUUUGACAUCAAGGAUGAUUCCGCCUUCCAAUGUUAGCGUCCUGGGGGAUCCACCACUGAGCCUUUUAGAACAAGUAUCCAUGCAUGCUUCUGUCUGUGUCAGGUAACAUCACACACACACACACACACACCAUGUCAGUGUGCUACUUUGUGUAUAUACACAUUGUCACACUGCUGUAAAUAUGUGAGCGGAGGACAACCUUUGACCUUUAACACUGCAUGAGACGAGUAUGUCCAUCUGUACUGUCCAUCUUUCCAGUACCGGUCCACGCAGUAAACCUUUAUUUAUAGUGGAGCCUCUAAAGUAGAACGCUGCUAAAAGACGGUACAAUACACCAGUUUCCAGGAAAAGUCGCGCAUGACGUCCUGCGACUGCUCAUUUCUAUCUACCGUGUGGCGCAUCUUCGACGAGUGUCACUUGUUAACGUCCAAGUCUGACUAGCUGGCUAGUUUAUUGCUUUAACCCACGGGUGUCCCAACUUUACACCGAGGGCGACAUAGUGGAAAAUGAAAGGAUGCAAUUUUGUAAAGCAACACAUGUAGAUAUGCUAAGAAGGUAUAUAUUUCAAGAAAAAACUGCAUCUCUGCUUCGUGAUAUCGGUGGAAAAGCCAGUUAUUAGUAUCAACUUUGCUGUUUUGUGUCCCAUUUUUGCUGUUGUUUUUUUAAAUUUUCCAAAUAUUUUAACUUUCUUCUUAAAUAAUCUUUGUAAAUUUUCUACUCUGCCUUUAUAUUUCUUAUAUUUCAACUGUGUGCUACUAAAGUGGGUUUAUUUUUUCUCACAAUAUUACAAGUUUAUUCUCAUAAAAUUACAACUUUUUUUCGCAUUAGAAUGCAACUUUUUCGUCAUAAUAUUUCACUUUAUUCUCAUAAAAUUACAGCUUUUCUCUAUUUCUGCUGUUGUUUCUUUCUUUUCUUUUUUUUCUUUGUUUUCCAACUAUUUCAACCUUCUUAGAAAUUUUUUGGAACUUUUUUUUGUAAUGUUUUGCGUUUAUUCCUAUAAUAUUAUGACUUUUUUCCUAACAUAAUUUUCCUGAUUUAAAAAAAAAAUUUAAUGUGUUUUUACAAAAUAUUUCAAUUUUACGCUAUUAAAUUAAAGUUAUUUUUCCUCCUAAUAUUGCGAUGUUAUUCUUUUAAAAUUACGACUUUUUCCUCUUUAGAUUACAACUUUUUUCUCUCAAUAUUUUGACUUUGUUCUUGCAAAAUUACUGCUGAUUUUUCCUGUUUUUUGUUUUUUUUUUUUAGAAUGUGCCACAGGCCAAUAAAAAAAACAGCUGCAAGUCGCAAAUGGGCCCUGGGCCGCAGUUUGGACGCUCCUGCUUUAACCUUUUACUGGUCACACUGCUUAACUUCUUUUUACGCUUGUGAGACAUUUAAGAACGUUGUCAUUCUUAAGUUAAGGCUCUUAGUUUUUAUAUUGGCAGUGGAUAACUAAAAAAAAAAAUGCCUGUGCGGUCAUUAAAGGUUUUCUGAUGGCCACAGCUUGAUCCUGGAACAGAUGAUUUCCUCAGUUGUUUGUGGGAAGAAACUGUGUACGGUGUUAGAGGCUCCACUGUAUGUUAGAGGAAUUGACAGUAAAUGUAACAUGUUAUGUGUGACGUCACGUGGAAAAGACUUUCUAAGUAAAUCAGCACACUUUGAGCAAACGUCCAUCACGUGCACGUAUUUAUUGUUUUACUACAAGAAUGUACACCCUGCUGUCGUGUCGCAGCACCGUUUGAUUUCAUGAGUAAUGGUCAUUGAGGGCGGGGCCAUGAUUGUACAGAGCAUGUCUCCCCCCCAAACCCUGAAUAAACAUGUCUUACUGACACAGCAACAUGAACAGCAUGAGCUGGAGCUGGAGCGAUGUGCAGAACUCGUGCAGGCCAUUUCUUGGUGCAUUAGUGGAUGUUGAUGGUCCCCGUGUUGAAUCAUAACUCUGUCCGGAUGUGGCUCCACACUCAGUUCUUGAGCCAGAAUUUUCCUUUGACCUUUUUUGAACCCUUGGUCCAGGUGUUGAAGAUCUUGGUGGAGCCUUCAUUGGUCAAAAGGCCAUUGGUCAUGAGCAGAUGGUCUUCCUGCAAGCGUAGCUCCUGCUCUUAGUGCUGCUACCUGUCAUGAUAACACAUUCUCCUGGACGAUAAUUGUCCUACAAAUUAUCGCAGAGAAAUGAUAUUAUUGGCAACAAUAUUUUGAGAGCAUUUUUUCAUGAAUGUAAUGAUAAUAUAUGGCAUAAAAAUGUGAGUACACCGUAUCAAAAGCAAUAAACUUUUAAUUUCUCAA